AUGAAGCGAGCGCGAACUGAAAAAACCACUUCUGCACCCAUUCCUCCUUCAUUCGACAGCCUUCCAGAUGAACUGCUCACGACCAUUCUCUCAAUCUUCGCCGCACGCGCCUCAACCCCCCAAGACUUCCUCUCCUGUCGCCUCGCGUCGACCCACCUUCACCGCAUCUCUCUCCUCCCGGAAAUUCUCGCCAUGUUACCAUCUCCUGCCCUCGCUUGCCCGGCGAAAAACUACACGCUCGACUAUCGCUCGUUUCUAUCGGCAUGCGCAGCGGCGGGAAACGCGGAGGCAGCAUUUUUUCUUGGUAUGGUUGAGUUUUACUGCUUGGAGAGGGUGGCCAGCGGCAUGAAGCGGCUUGUGCAAGCGGCAAAGGCGGGCCACGCAGCCGCGUUACACAGCUUGUCAAUCAUCCAUUUCAACGGUAGCGGAUUGCCUACAAGCGGAGCGGAUGGAAGUGGUGCAGCGGAGGGAGGUGGCGUAGGGGAGGGGGACGCAGGAAGGUGGAAGCUGCGCGGGAACCGGAAGGUUGGGAUGGGGAUGCUGCUGUGUGUGGCGGCGGCUAAGGCGGGUCAUCCGGAUGCGCUGCGGGAAUUAGGGCUGUGUGUGCAGGAUGGGUUUGGAAUCAAGCGGAGCGUCGCCCAGGGGAGGCUGCUUCUGGUGGAGGCGAACCUGCGGGAGCUGGCUAAUAGCGGGGAUACAUUGGCAGCAGCGAUGGGUGGGGCCUCUGGUUCAGAAGUCGAAAACUGCGUCGCGCACUGUCGUCAUGUCUCACGAUCCAAGGUACCCUUACGGUUAUCCACCACCAGCCGGCUACCCACCGGCACCCUACCCUCCCGCGCCCGGCUAUCCACCACCUCCUGCCGGCUACCCGCCGCCUCCUGCCGGUUAUCCGCCUCCACCAGGCUACUACCCGCCGCCGCCGGCAGGCUACCACCACCCUCCACCCCCGCACUACCACCACCCGCCACCCCCGCACUACCACCGUGA